CGAUGGUGGGCACGGUGGAGGAGGGUUGGACACCAUGGCUACACGGAAAACUCGGAAUGUUAGUCACGCUUCUGUCGGCCAGCCUGAAGGCCAGCCUGGAGUGGAUAAGCUGAGGAAGAGGAAGGAGCUCUUCAUCCAGCAGUUCGAGAAGGAAGCGCAGGAACGGAUCAACGAGAUGGAGGCCAAGCUGGACAAACUGCUGUCCACCGUGGACCGGGCGUUCAAGAUCGAGAUGAUGAAGCUGCCGCAGUCCCUCCACACCACGCUGGUCAAAGACCUGAUGAAUGCCCAGGAGUCCUCAGUUGGGGAGGUCACCAUGGCCAUCGCGUCUGCCUCUCCAGAUAUAAGCAGACCUCUUAGCAGGAAACCCAGCAAAAAAGUCAAGGACAGUAACUCGACGCAGCAGAAAUCUACCGGUCAGAUCAAGACGGACGAAGGCACCAAGAGACGAGCCAAGAAGAAAAUGCAGUCCAGUAGCAGCACGGGAAACCUCAGAAGUGCCUCGGCGAUCAGCUCGACGAGGACCAACGGCCGAGUGAUGAAACUCAGUGACCAGGCGAGAUUAACGAGUCGCUCACUCAGCGAAGACCUCUCUGGGAGCGCUGCAGCCAUGAUCAAGACGUCUCUCGGGGAGACGCUGCUUCUGUCUGAGGAGAAUAAAGACGCGGUCAGACUUGAACUUCUGGAUGAUUUGGCGCUGUGUCAGAUGCAGAAGAUCAAGGAGCUGAUGGACUACCUGUUCAACAAGGUUAAGAUGAACAACACUCAGUGAUGUGGUUUGCAGAGCGUUGAUGGUUUUA